UACUAAUUCAAAACACUUUCGACCAUUAACCCCAUGGCUUCCUCUGAUCAAGAGAUCGCCUCAGAGCUUCUUCCCCUCCUUCGCGUUUAUAAAAACGGUCGUGUCGAGCGCUUAAUCCAAUCCGAAAUAGUCCCACCGUCACUGAAAGACGCAAAAACUGGUGUUUCCUCCAAAGACAUCACAAUCUCUACCAACCCAUCCAUUUCUGCUAGAAUCUACAUUCCCAGUAGUAAACUCACAACUACUGAAAAGCUUCCUCUUCUCAUUUACUUCCAUGGUGGAGGUUUCUGCAUUGAAUCUGCCUUCUCCCUUUUUCAGCAGCGUUACUUAAAUGCCAUAGUUUCUCAAGCUAAUGUAGUUGCUGUUUCAGUUGAUUACAGGUUAGCACCUGAACACCCACUUCCUGUUGCUUAUGAAGAUUGUUGGACUUCUUUCCAAUGGGUACUUUCUCAUACUGAUGAACAACCACAGCAACACAGUAUUACCCACGGUUUUGACGUGGAACCGUGGCUGAAAACCAACGUUAAUUUCGAUAGGGUAUUUUUGGGUGGUGACAGUGCUGGCGCAAACAUUGCUCACAACAUAGCUAUGAGAGCUGGUGCAAAUGGAUGUAGUGUCAUUCGAGGUAUGUUUUUAGUUCACCCAUAUUUUUGGGGGUCUGAACCGAUUGGAUCGGAAACAGAUAUGGAUGAAGGUUUUAAGGGGAUGGUAGAGAAGAUAUGGUUAUUUGUUAAUCCUUCGGCUAAGGAUGGCCUUGAUGAUCCGAUGUUUAACCCGUUCGCGAACGGUGCACCGAGUUUGUCAGGCCUGGGAUGUAAACGAGUGUUGGUCUGUGUUGCUGAAAAUGAUGUAUUGAAAGAGAGAGGUAAGUUUUAUUGCGAGGAAUUGAAGAAGAAUGGAUGGGAAGGUGAGGAUGUCAAGUUGUUCGAGAGUAAUGAAGAGGGGCAUGCUUUUCAUGUGUUUUCUCCUGAUACUCGGAAUGCUCAACUACUGUUCAAAUGUUUGGCUUCAUUUCUUAGCAAGUAGAUUAAGCUCUUCGUUAAGUUUACUCAAUAAAUGAAGCAUUUUAAGCAUUAAACAUACACAUUCAUGAUUCAACCCUCAAAUUGUUAAGCAUUACCCUGAAUCAUGAGCUACUAGAAUGAACAAAGAAAAGGCUCAAAUUGUAAAUCAGUACUAUACAGUUGUGUUGCCGCAAACCGGCCAUUUCAAAAACC